UUUGCGAAGCGCGCGCUGCACGCGAAACGCCCCUCGUUCGGCGAUGUCACUCCGACGGAAAGGAAGGAACUACUGCUGCGUCGUCGACUGUCACAAUAGCCAUGCAAACACGAAGGGGUCGACUCCACCAGUGAAAUUCUACCGAUUCCCAAACAGAUGGUACGAAAAAAGCAGACGACAGGCAUGGAUUACAGCAGUGCGCCGAAAAAACGCCGACGGAAGUGUGUGGUUGCCAAAAGCUUGGACAAUGAUUUGUAGCAGACAUUUUGUGGGAAACUGCAAAAAUGAGUCAAGUCAGCACCCUUCGUAUGUGCCGACAGUGUUUCCAGCGGCUUACAAGAAACGGGCACCUCACGCAGAAACGGCGCAGAGGUGGAGGCGUCGUUCUGUGAGAGCAGCCAGAUCAGCACAAAAUUCCGUGGAGCAGGUUGUGCCGCAAGGUAUUGCUCAAGAUGACCCAGCAAUGCAAGAUGAAGAGAACUCUGUUUUCCUCGAUGUCUAUGACACGCUUUCAAAUGAUUUGGAAUCGCUAGAGACGCCUCUCACACCCACCAGUAAUGGCGAUCCCCAGCCUUCGGCAGGAGCCUGUGAAACAGGAAGGCAAGCUCAUCCAGCUACACAGGCUGAUGCUGCGUGCCAAGCAGAACCAGAAUCCCAAGGAAAUUUGAUUAUCCUCCUGUCAGCAACAAAUGGAUCUGAGGCCUCAACUCAAGUUUCUCACAGUAAACAGUGCGACAAGGUGACUACGACUGAUAGAAAUUGGAAGAAGAAAUGUGAAUUUUUAGGGUUUGAGACACUCAAGCAAAACGAGACUGCCUUGCGAGAUUUGUGCGGAGUGUACCAUGCAAGUCUUAAGUCUUUUGCUCAACAUUCUGCCACAGCCCAGCUACCGAAGCACGGACUUGACUCGGGGGGACAAGAUCUGUCUUUACUUGGCCAAGCUUAA